UUUUCCCACCGUUUUUACUCGUGCCACACCAACAACCAGUUUCAUUCCCUCUUGCACUUUUCAAUUUUCUAUUAGCAAAAAAACAUUCAAAUUAUUGUUUUAUAGUUAGUUUACCUUACCUACAAGGCUUGUAACCUUCACUAUUAAUAUAUAUACAAGGUGUGUCUGUGUGUCUCGUUACUUCAACUCUAACCCUUCUCUUUCCUUCAUUUAAUUUAUUGCCCAUCCUUUCUUUGUCAAACACCAAAGUCCAAACCAUUUUUUGCUCCGAUCAACAUGAAGUUGAUCAAUAAACCAUCGCAACUACGUUCCCUCUUGAGCCUUUUCUGCUCCAUUUUGCUGCUCUUGGAAUUAGCUUUCGUGGCUGCGGAGGACCCUUAUAGAUUCUUCGACUGGACCAUUACCUAUGGUGACAUUUAUCCCCUAGGAGUUAAACAACAGGGUAUUCUUAUCAAUGGCCAAUUCCCAGGCCCUGAAAUCUAUUCUGUUACCAAUGACAAUUUGAUCAUUAACGUGCACAAUAACUUGACCGAGCCGUUUCUUCUAUCAUGGAAUGGUGUUCAACAAAGGAGAAAUUCUUAUCAAGAUGGAGUUUAUGGCACCACAUGCCCCAUCCCUCCUGGGAAGAACUUCACCUACACACUUCAAGUCAAAGAUCAAAUUGGAAGUUUCUUCUAUUUCCCAUCUCUUGCUUUCCACAAGGCAGCUGGUGGUUUUGGAGCCAUCAAAAUCCUUAGCAGGCCAAGGAUCCCUGUCCCGUUCCCAGACCCAGCUGGUGAUUUCUCCCUUCUUAUUGGUGAUUGGUACCAAAUCAAUCACAAGAAGCUUCAGAGUGUUCUAGAUUUUGGACACAGACUUCCAUUCCCUCAAGCCGUUCUCAUCAAUGGUCGUCCAAGUGGCACAACAUUCACAGUUGAGCAAGGGAAAACAUAUAGGCUUAGAAUAUCAAAUGUUGGACUUCAAAAUACACUAAACUUUAGGAUUCAAGGUCAUGACAUGAAGUUGGUGGAAGUUGAGGGAACUCACACCAUACAAACCACAUAUUCUUCAUUAGACGUUCACGUGGGACAAUCUUAUUCUGUGCUUAUCACGGUUGAUCAAGCACCCAAGGACUACUACAUUGUAGUGUCUACACGUUUCACUAACAAAAUUCUCACAAGCACUGCUAUCCUUCACUACAGUAACUCCCAACAAUCUGUUUUUGGCCCAAUUCCUAGUGGCCCAACCACUCAAAUCGAUUGGUCAAUCAAACAAGCUCGUUCAAUAAGGACAAACUUGACAGCGAGUGGACCAAGGCCAAAUCCACAAGGCUCCUACCACUAUGGAUUAAUAAACAUUAGUAGGACAAUUACCUUGGUGAGCUCAACAGCACAAGUGAACAAGAAACAAAGAUACGCAGUGAACAGUGUUUCAUUCACACCUGCUGACACUCCUUUGAAGCUAGCAGAUUACUUUAACAUUGGAGGGAUUUUCCAAGUUGGAAGCAUCCCAGAUAGCCCUUCUGGUAGACCCAUGUAUCUUGACACCUCAGUCAUGGGUGCCGACUUUCGAGCCUUCGUCGAGGUCGUGUUUCAGAACCAUGAAAACAUCAUCCAGAGCUGGCACAUUGAUGGGUACUCAUUUUGGGUUGUAGGAAUGGACGGUGGUGUGUGGACGCCUAAUAGUCGUAACCAAUACAACCUCAGAGAUGCAGUAUCGAGGAGCACAACACAGGUAUAUCCUAAGUCAUGGACCGCAAUUUACAUGGCAUUAGAUAAUGUGGGUAUGUGGAACAUGAGGAGUGAAUUUUGGGCACGCCAAUACCUUGGACAACAAUUCUAUUUGAGAGUGUAUUCACCAGUUGGAUCCAUUAGGGAUGAAUAUCCAAUUCCCAAGAAUGCUCUUCUUUGUGGCAAAGCUGCAGGCAGGACAACCAGGUGAUCUCUAUGAGAAUCAAAUCCCUCAUAACAAAGAUGUUUAUCAACAACCUAGCUAUGUAGGGACCAACUUGGUCCCAUUCUUUACAAAUUCGUCUACCAUUUCUUUGUAUUACUACCAAAUCACCAUCUUGUUGUCAUAAUAAUUAAUUUGUCACAAUUGAUUUAUUUUUUCAAAUAAAUUUAUUUUUCUGAUGCGUUAGCAAACUUGUGUUCUAGUUUGUCAUAAUAGAAUGACACAACUUGUUUGAUCCAUCUACAAUUCUACAUGUGUACACUUAAGUAAAAUUGAAGUGUUGUGUUUGCAUUUGAAGCAUUGUAUUGUUGUUUGACCUGAUAAUUCAAGUAUUUGAGACACA